UUUAUAAAUAUAGUUGGGCAAUAUGGAACUGAUUCGAAUGAGAGUUGGUUGAUAUAUCUGGCAGGUCGCGUGAUCACACAAAGCUACCCUAGUUGACUUCAUACACAUGUUAAGCCGAGCCAAAAGGGUGCUGUUCAUUUCAGCCGUCGAAGAAAGUUAAACGUAGGAAAUCUCAUCGGUAUCACUCAAAAAUGUUUCGUGAAUAAAAGAGGUGAAUUUUAAAGAUUAUUUCUAAGGAGGCUGAUCUAAUCAAGUACAAGCUAACAGCAUUGGAUCAACAAGAUAAAUACCGCUAGUAUCAGUAGAAUGGUAGGGUUUUCUGUACCUGAGUAUUAAGUCUCUUUUGGCGCAUCCACUUUGAAGAGACAUUGUAAACCGGAGAACAAUGACCACUGGUCACGGCUGACUGCAAAAGCGUCUCAAGUGACACCCAAACGACUGGCAUGAGUUAAGGGAACUUGAUAUGCUAGAGUCGAAACUAUGACUAAUGUUUUUAUUGGUGCACGCAAAAGGAUAUACCACAAAGUAGUAUCUGGUGUACAGCUGUUGUUUUCACGGAAAUACCUUCUCUUGACUAAUACAGCCAUUAGUAUAACAUCCGCAGCAGGUGGAGAUUCUGUUCAACAACUCUAUGAACUUUCAAUUCAGCGACAGCAAACAUGGAACAGAGAUCGGACUCUACACAUCAGUAUUACUGGUUUAAUAUUGGGACCCCCAAGCCAUUACUGGUAUCACCUAAUAGACUAUCUUUUCCCAGGUUCUUCAAUUCGUGUAGUCGUCAAAAAACUUCUAUUUGACCAAACUAUAGGUACACCGAUAGGUGUAUUUCUAUUUUUAUCAUCACUAGGAAUUCUAGAAAAUUCCUCAGUUGACAAAAUGUUAACUGAAUACAAAAACUGUGGAAAAACUUUGUUACUUUCUGAGUGGCUAAUUUGGCCUCCAAUACAAGCGAUUAAUUUUGCUUUCAUACCACUUAAAUUCCGUGUUUUAUUUGAUAAUUCAGCAUCGUUUGGAUUUGAUAUUUAUUAUUCUUAUAUUAAAUAUAGAACUGAUAAGGUUUCUGACUGAUAUUAAAAAUAAAAGUGAAAUUUGAUGAAAAUAUAUAAAGUGCCUUUCUUUCAAAUGUCGAUACUUUGAGAUGUAAGAUAUUUGAACACACACAGACAUAUGUAAAUAAAUAACCUUUAAUUGGCGAAUCUCAAUAAAUCAAAAUAAAAUAUUUGCCACAACUCUAAUCUUUUCCUAAGCCUGUGAUAUAUGUGUAACAAAAAAAAAAAAAAAAUUUAUAACAUUAUUUAUUUUGUUAAAGGUGCUAUCAGUUUUCAUUAAAAAAAAUUUUGUUCUUAUUGUUGUCAGAUUUGGUGUAUUAACGUGGUUUUAUAUGCUAAUUAUGGAAAUGAAAUUCAUUUUUGCAAUAAAUUAAUAGAUAAAAAGUUAAUAGCUUUUUAAGUUUGCAAAUUUUGGGUAAUUUUAGCCAAUCAAAAGCCACAAGUAUAUUGGUGCUUGUUUCCAUAGUAACAAGCCAAGGUAUAGUUUCUUUAAAACACCAACCCAUGUAUUGUCUUUACCUGUGUAUUUUUUUCAGAAAUGCCUAUUUUCUGAGUUUGUACUACCUCAUUUUUGUCAUUUUCACCUGUUCUUUUCAGAAACGAACAGAUAUUUUCUGUUGUUGUCCUCUCACUACCUCAUUGUCAUAAUUUUGAACUGUGUUUUCCUGGACUUCUUCGACCUAAAUAGAUGCAUGACUGCAACCAACUCAUUUAACCUUUCAAAUAUGAUGGAGAAAUUGAAAACCUAGGCAAAUGUGGUUUCUUACUUACAAGAAAAUUGUGUUAUCCUUAAAAGAAAAUUAUGUAGAAAAAGACACCAUAUGAACAAGAAGGUUUAUGGGAAAAUUUACAGUUGGUGCUCCCAAAAAGGAUGCAAAAUGUGUCUGCCAGAAAAGAUACAUCGAUGGAAGGAGGCACCCUUCCUCUUAGGACUGUACUGGUUUUUUCCCUUUACUCAUGGGUCAAGGAAUUGACUUCAGUCUGGCUUUGUGUUGAAGAACUGGGGAUUACAGAGACCUGUUGAGUCAAGUGCAUGUACACGAACAUCGAAACAAAUAUCAAUGGAAAUAGUAGUUGUGAUACCUGUGUCGGUGGCACAUAAAAAGCACCAUCUGAACGUGGCCGUUGCCAGCA